AUGUCUCUUCGCUUGGCAGUAUCUCGCUCCCCCGUCAGUGUCGGAGCUAGAGCACUGUCUACGCAAACCACACAAGCUGUUUCCAAGCUUCGUAAUGUUUUGGAAGAGUAUCGUCAGGCGAACUAUACCCAAGAGCUUCCCUCUCGUUUUAAGAAAGAUAUUGUCCGAGCGGCAUCUCAAGAUCGCGAAAGUAUUAUUGCCUUGCAGGACGUGCAGCGUGUUCUACAAAACAUCGGGGCAGACAACCGCUUGACAUCCGAAGAAAUCCGCUCUAUAUUCCAAGAGAUUGGAAACAAGUCGGGUGAAAUGACUGUGCAGCACUUUAUGCAAAUUCUCUAAAUGUGGAACUUUCGACAGGAAGAGAAGCUUCCUACAUUAUUCUUCGUGAAGAACAAAAAAACGUGGUUAUCAAGCCAAGAUAGACUUCAAGCAUAAAUUACAAUAGAAAACUUAUAGACCGUUCGCUU